AUGACUAUCAAAUGCCGCCCUUCUCUCGAGUUCAUUCCAAACAUACGGCAAAUCUCCACCUUCUUCGCAAGCUUCCCCGGCUUUGAUCACCACCCCGACAGCCCCGUGAGCCAGGAGUUCACACGCCUGGCCCAAUGGAGAGGCUGGAAAGAAGGAUCAAAAAAUUGGAGAAAGAACUGGAAUCGCUGCAUGGGCGAGCAAUAUGAUUUACUGAUCGGAAGCCGGGUUAAUGACCUUGCAUCCUGGCACCAAAUGUGUCGGAAGCUCGAUAUUCCGGGCGACUUUCCAUCUAUCAACAAAUGUCGUAAGGCGCUGUCGCAUGUCUAUGUGAACCUCGUGGAUCUGCUGGAAUGCUGGGAGGAUGAGCGAUCACCCACGCUCUUCAAAAGCGCCAAGCAAUUAUCGAAUUACACUAAAUGCCAGAACAAAUUCUUCGGUCGGCAGAUUGCUAAGCAAGACAAGGCGGUGCGGACCUUGCUGAAGAGAAUAAAUUGA